GUGAUCAUUAGCACCUAUCUUGCGCCCAUCCCUCAUCGCGCUGUCAUCAUCCCUCCAUCCGUCACUUCACUUCCUGCAGGGCCAGUUCUAGCGCAUCUUGUCACUUGCGCCUCAGUUCGCAACUCAACCGGCUUCUCAAUUGGGGUUUGCUUUGUACCUCAUCUACACUCUUUUUUUCCCUCAGUCACUAUAUACUGACUGUCAACACCUGAUUGCCCGACAGGGGUUUUCUGCUCUUCACUGUCUCUCGUCUUCACUUCUCCUUCUUGUAUUCUACACACAUCCACCUUUCACCUUUCCCACCUCUGGUCACGACAACGCGGGAUGCCUUUCCCUUCUUGACAUCGGCCAGUCUUUUGACGAUACCGGCGUAACUAGCAUCUACCAUACCACUCACAUCAUGUCGCGCGAGAAGUAUGCGAGACAGUCGCUUGGAGCGGCGCACCGACUGGUCAAAGAGUCGCGCGUUCUCCUUGUCGGUGCAGGCGGCAUUGGCUGUGAACUUCUAAAGAACCUCAUCCUAACCGGUUUCGGUGAAAUUCACAUCAUCGAUCUCGACACCAUCGACCUGAGCAACUUGAACCGCCAAUUUCUGUUCAGACAAGAACAUAUCAAGAAACCAAAAGCGCUCGUUGCAAAAGAGGUGGCUCAGAAGUUCAACCCUAAUGUCAAGCUGGUCGCCUACCAUGCCAACAUUAAAGACAAACAGUUCAAUCUGGAAUGGUUCUCCAACUUCAAUAUUGUGUUCAAUGCGCUAGAUAAUAUGGAAGCCCGGCGUCAUGUCAACAAGAUGUGCUUGGCUGUCGACAUACCUCUGAUCGAAUCUGGCACCACCGGAUUCAAAGGACAGGUGCAAGUGAUCAAGAAAGGCAGAACGGCUUGCUAUGAUUGUACCCCAAAGACGACACCAAUUUCCUACCCUGUCUGUACAAUACGGAGUACCCCCAGUCAGCCUAUCCAUUGCAUCGUCUGGGCAAAGAGCUAUCUCCUGCCAGAAUUGUUUGGCUUGAGCGAGGACGAGGCACCGGAAGUCGAUCAGACUGAAGACUCGGAUAAUGCCGCUGAAAUUGAGAAGCUCAGACAGGAAGCGCAAGCCCUGAAAAAGAUCAGAGAAUCUAUGGGCUCGGACAACUUUGCAAAACAGGUGUUUGACAAGGUCUUCCAAGAGGACAUUGAAAGAUUGGCUCAGAUGGAGGAUAUGUGGAAGGAGAAAACGCCUCCCAAACCUCUGGCUUAUGAAGCUUUGGAGCAAGAGGCCACGUCCCUUAACGAACCAGUCUUGAAAAAUGGUCAACAGACAUGGUCUUUACCCGAGAACUUUUUCGUCUUCAAAAACUCUUUAGCACGAUUAUCGUCGAGACUGGCGCAAGAACAGACCAAGGCUGCAACGGAUGGAGGACCGCCCCCUCUCAUCUCCUUUGACAAAGACGAUGAUGAUACGAUGGAUUUUGUUGCGGCAGCAGGAAACCUGCGUUCAAUCAUUUUCGGCAUCGAGCCAAAGUCAAAGUUCGAUAUCAAGCAGAUGGCUGGCAACAUCAUCCCGGCAAUUGCGACGACAAAUGCCAUGGUCGCUGGGCUUUGUGUGAUGCAAGCCUUCAAAGUCCUUAGAAAAGAAUACGACAAGACGAAAUGGCUUUGGCUAUGGAAUGGCGCUUUGAGAACAGACAAACUCGAAGAACCGAAUUCGGAGUGUGCUGUCUGCAGUGUCGCUAUGGCAAGAGCGCACGUUGACUUCGAGAAAGCAACGCUCAAAGACCUGGUCGAAGGCAUUCUACGUGCGAAGUUAGGUUAUGGAGAGGAGAUCACCGUAAUGAGCGAUGCUGGUGUGCUCUAUGACCCGGACCUGGAAGACAACCUCGAAAAGAAACUCCCAGAGCUAAAUGUCUCGGAUGCGAGCUUCAUUCUCAUCAAGGAUGAAGAGGACGAAAAUCCGCGGAUCGAUCUGCAACUAGCCAUCGAGGCGAAGAAGCCGAAGGAUGAGACCAAGACUGUCGAGUUAAUUGAGAAGGAAGGUCAGAAUUUUGAGAUACCACGAAAGCCUAAGAAGGAGUCUUUAGAUGGAGAUCAAGCAACUGGAGCCAGCACAGACGACAUUGUCGUCUCAAAUGGUGUGUCUGUUCCCACAUCAAAUGGCAAGCGGAAACGACCAUUGGAUGAAGACGACAUCGAUGCAACACCGGCCAAAAAGUUGCAAGGCCCGACUAACGCAGAAGUGGCGAAGUCAUCCACCAUGCAAGCCAUUGUGCUUGACGAAGACGAUGGAACGAUUCUGAUCGCAGACGACGAUUGAAUAGACAUGCAGAACAGGUGCUAUUAGUAUCUGUGCCUGCUUGACCUUGGACUCGCUUUUCUGCACAGCCUUGAAGUGACAGAGUUCGCCACUGGAAGACGUAUCACUGGUGUUUUCAUUGUUCCAGUCAUGAGGGAACAGAACCAACACGACGACAUUCAUUGCCCUAGCGACCUUGAUGAUGAUAUGGGACUUGAAUACUUGCGUGUGCUCCGCUUGGGUGAUGGAGGAUGGAAUUGUUCGCCCCAGCGGCUUGUAAGAGUUGAGAGAUCAGACCAUUUGGUCGAAUUGUACAUGUAGAAACACAUGAGCUGUAUAAGCCAGCCAGAUUACCGGGUGAUGCGCCUGGAACUUGCCUUGUGUCCCAAGAAAAGAGACGGGCAUUAGAAAUAAUAGAUGACACGAGCUGAAAAGAAUACUGCAUCAGGACGAAGGAAUAGUGUCUAUUCAAAAAAAUUCAGACAAACAAAGUCCAUUCGAGGUACUAUGUAAAAUAAAUACUUCACGACGCGGCUUUCAACG